AAGCAAGGCCGAGAGUCAAAGAUCAUGGGGAUUUCCAUGGCUAUAAAAUCCCAAAUGAUCAAUCAUUCUGCAGCUUCAUGUUCUGAGUGUUAUCUUCUCCAUCUCUCUCUCAAUUAUUUUGUGAAGUGUUUUUAAUUGGUUUUUGAAGCAGAAGAAAUGGAGGGAACAAGGGUUAUUGGUUGGGCUGCUAGAGACUCAUCUGGACAUCUCUCUCCUUACUCAUUCACUCUCAGGGAAGCAGGUCCAGAAGAUGUAGUAUUCAAGGUUUUGUACUGUGGGAUGGAUCACACAGAUCUUCAUCAGAUGAGGAAUGAGAUUCACUCCACUAACUAUCCUUUGGUCCCAGGGCAUGAAGUGGUGGGAGAAGUUGUGGAGUUGGGUUCAGAUGUAAAGAAAUUUAGAGUUAAAGACAUUGUGGGAGUUGGUUGUAUAGUUGGCUCUUGUGGGGAGUGCUUCUCAUGCAAAUCCAACGAAGAGCAGUACUGCAACCACAGAAUCCUCACUUACAAUGGCACAUACAAAGAUGGACGACCCACUCAGGGAGGCUUCUCAUCUGCCAUGGUUGUUCAUCAGAGGUUUGUGGUCCGGAUACCAGAAAAGCUUGCACCGGCGCAGGUGGCACCACUGCUGUGUGCUGGGGUGACAGCUUAUAGUCCCUUGAAACAGUUCAAGGGGUCUAAUAAAGCUCUCAAGGCCGGGAUUUUGGGUUUAGGGGGAGUUGGUCAUCUGGGUGUUCUGAUAGCCAAGGCAAUGGGGCAUCAUGUCACCGUCAUCAGUUCUUCUGAUAAGAAGAGGGUGGAGGCUUUAGAGCACUUAGGCGCAGAUGCUUUUCUGGUAAGCUCCAACACUGCUGAGAUGGAACGAGCCACAAACAGCAUGGACUAUAUCCUUGACACUGUGCCGGCUGUGCACCCUUUACAGUCCUACCUUCCACUUCUCAAGGUUGAUGGGAAGCUUAUAUUAGUUGGGGUUGCUCCUAAACCACUGCAGUUUGAUUCCGUCGACCUGAUUCUAGGAAAGAAGACGAUAUCUGGGAGUUUCAUUGGAAGCAUGGAAGAGACACAGGAGAUAUUAGAGUUCUGGGCGCUGAAGGGUUUGACAUCAAUGGUAGAGGUGGUGAAGAUGGAUUACGUGAACCAGGCAUUCGAAAGAAUGGAGAGGAACGAUGUGAGAUAUAGGUUUGUGCUGGACAUGGCUGGCAGCAAUCUGGAAUGAUGAAGCCCGUAUGCUUGUCUACAACGACAAUUUCAUUUCUACAAUAACAUCUUUCGUGUCUUUCUCUUACAAUAAAACAGUCCUAAGAAAGAUCUCUAAAACAAAUAAAAAUCUAUUCAAGAUUAUGACUCUUUCAUGA